AUUGUGACCGCGCUGGGGACGGGCACAGCAUCAUUUGCCACGGCUGGUCAGGUCCUCGAGCAGCUGCCCGAAGAUGUGCGAUGCAUCGGUUCCACCAGCAGUUCUCCUUCGUCUUCCAAAUUCGUCCACUAUGCGGACCUCCAAGAGUUGUCCACCUUUUGCCUCAACUACCACCUUCCCCACGACCCCCCAAUCAUCAUCGAGGGGAAGCGGUUAGUCCAAGAGUUCCUGCAAAAGCUCACGGCGGGGAGGGACUACAUGACGGAGAACAACUUGAUCAAGAUUCUGAGCGGCUUGCGUCUCGAAACCCGGUCCUUCCACCAGGAAGUGCUCGGCGACGUAUUGGAGGGCCUGGUGCUGCACUGCUUCACGAAAGUGGAGGGGGG